AUGUUUAAGGCGCUUCAUUUCAGUAUCUUGUCUGCAACUGAUGAUGAUCGGCGCCCGGAAGAGGAUAUCGUUCAGCAUCCCCUUUUGAGUGAGUAUCUGCUAGAUCCUCGAGGGUUUGAAAAUGGUUUACUAAAUAUAUGUCAUACAUGUGAUUCACGUCUCAGAGGUGGUCGUCUUCCUAUGUAUUCGCUGCGAAAUGAUUUAUACAGAGGUUCGUUGCCGGAAUGUUUCAGGGAUCUGACCUGGGUCGAAGAAAUGGCUUGUGGAAUCUAUCGAUGUACCUGCCAUGUUACGUGUUUAUUUCACAGUGGUGCUGAAGACCAGCCACGCGUAUCUCAUGGUAAUACAUGCGCACACGAUUUGAACUUUGUCUCCACCGCAUCGGUUUUGCCACGGGUUCCCGCUGACUUGAAGGGAAUGUUAAGUGUCGUGUUCCUCGGUCCAAAACAGAGCAAUAAAGAUUGUCUGAAACCAAUGUAUCGUAUUCGAAAGGACAAAGUUUGGGAUUUCUUACAAUGGUUGUCCGAAAAUAAUCCGUUGUACAAGAAGAUCAGGCUUUCGAGGGCUCACCUGGAGUUGUAUGAGAACGACGAGAUACCAGGGUUAGAUGCACGUCUCAUC